AUGGCAUCUUCAAAGGCAACCCUAUCAAAGAGAGGCGAGGCUUUCGCGACGCUUACGAGCAAAAUGCCAAUGCUGGAUGUAGUCAGCGAUCUAUGGCAUCCCGAAACGAAUCCUGACGGGUACAUCAGCCUCGGAGUCGCUGGGAAUACGCUCAUGCACAAGGAACUGAUUGAGCACAUUACCCAGAAUUUCAGUCUUGAUAGCCAUGCUUUAACAGCUGGUGACGGUUUCAUAGGGUCUCAUCGCCUACGAAACACCCUCGUAAGAUUCAUCAACCGCCACUUCGGCCCGUUUGAAGACAUCACAAAAGAUCAAGUCAUUGUCACCUCAGGUGUAGGCCAGGCAAUCGAGCUCAGUGGCUUCGCGCUCUGCGAUAAAGGCGACGGCGUUUUGCUUGCGCGACCUCACUAUGGAAACUUCCCCAUUGAUCUGGGCUAUAGAGUGGAAGCCAAGAUUAUCGGUGUCUCGUUUGGAGAUGUAGAUCCUUUUAGUAUAGAGACCGUCACUCAUUAUGAGAAAGCUUUGGAGGAGGCCGAGGAGCAAGGGAUUCGUGUUAGGGUGUUCCUGUUGUGCAACCCUCAUAACCCACUGGGUCGAUGCUAUGCUCCCGAGGUUCUCAAGGCAUACAUGCAAUUCUGCCAGAAACAUAACCUACACCUCAUCAGUGACGAGGUAUAUGCCCUGUCAGUCUGGAAGAACCCAGACGUCCCUAAUGCGCCGGAAUUCACUUCAGCUUUGGCUAUUAAUCCGGGUGGUUUGAUUGAUAGAGAUUUGCUACAUGCCCUUUGGGGAAUGGGCAAGGACUUUGGUUCCUGUGGUAUCAGAAUAGGCUGUCUGACCAGUCGGAAUGAGGCCUUUUUACGAGCUUGUGAAGCAAACUCUUACUUCUCCGGACCUUCUUCCCUGGCCGACCUUGCGACCGCGCGUGUACUCGCUGAUGAUACCUUCAUCGAGAGUUACAUCAAAACCAAUCGAUUACGAUUAGCAGAGAACUACAGACUAACGACCAAGUUCUUAAAGGGCCAUCAGAUUCCAUACAAGCAAGGGUCCAAUGCAGGCUUGUUCGUAUGGGCUGAUCUAUUCCAGCCCUUGCGCGCACAACUUGAUGCUACUCUACAGAAGCAGAAAGACCAAGAGGGAGAUCUUGAGAAAGCUCUGAGGGCUCUGGAAGCAAGUCUACAAGAGACUCUGUUGAGGCACAAGAUAUUCUUGGCUCUUGGCGCUGAUUUCGGAAGUGAUGUGCCCGGCUGGUUUCGAAUUGUGUUUGCUCAUGAAAAGACGUAUCUGAACCUGGGUCUGGAGCGCAUGAUCGAGGCUAUCGAAGCUUUCCGUGGUCGACUUAUGGAAGAUAAAAUGUAA